AUGUCAUCUACUCAAGAUAUCGAGCGGGCAGAAGUAGUCCACGAACAUGCUGCCAAAACCCCCAAGUCGCAUGCCGAGGAAGGCCACGUGCAAGACGACGACGGUCUAGAAACAGUAAAGAUGCAUACAAUCGUGGUUGACUCAAACUUGGCAAGUGGUGCAGCGAGAGCCGAGGCCAUGCAAAUUGUUUGGGGGAAACAUGGAAGGCUCAUUGUAUGGAUUGGAAUCAGCAUGAUCCAAUUCGAUAAUGCUCUGUUAUAUAAUUAUCGCAACUAUGCUGCAUCAAACUUCGACAACGUAGCCGGGCUCUCUACACUUGCCGUUGUCGGCGCCAUAGUCUUUGCAGUCGCUAAGCCUCCAAUCGCAAAAAUCAGCAACACGGUUGGCAGAGCCGAAGCCUACAUUUUCUGCAUCAUGUGUUAUCUAUUAGGGUAUAUCCUUUGUGCCUCAGCAAGUUCAUUCGGCGCCUAUGCAGGAGGAUUUGUUUUCGCCAACAUUGGCCAAACAGGCGCCAACAUCCUGAACGAUAUCAUCAUAUCCGACAUAACGAGCAUGAGAGCUAGAGGUUUUGGUAUCUCAAUCAGCUUUUUCCCGUUUCUCAUCACACCCUGGAUCUCCGCAUUUAUCGUUGAGGAUGUUGUUCUUCCUGGUGGUAUUGGUUGGCGAUGGGGGAUAGGUAUACAUAUUGAGCCUUCCGGAAUCAUGACUCUCGCUGAUUGA